AUGCCCGCAGCAGUGGACGCUUCCAGCUCAAAGAAGCGCAAGAGCACCAAAAAUGCCGGUACCCCCUCCAAGCGCCGCGCUGUGGCCGAAGAAGAUGGCUUCGCCGAGACCUUGUCUAAAGUUCAAGAGCUGGAGAAUCAAAUUGCGGAGUCGCGCAAAUACUACAACAACAUUGCCACUCUGAUUUCGAUGCUGAAUGUGGAACCAUCGGUGAAGAAGCCAGAGCUGGCAGUGGCCGUCUCACUAUGUCGAGUGUUCAGUCGAUUGAUGGCGGCUGGCAACUUGUCCGAGAGCAGUCGCGAUGCCGAGAAUGAGAAAAUCGUGGUGGCAUGGUUGAAGGAGCGAUUCUCAGAAUACCAGCGCGCAUUGUUGUCAAUCAUUCGUGAGGCUGAUACUACCUCCCAGGUUACGGCCCUUACUCUGAGCAUGCGCCUCGUGAAAGAAUACAUUACGCACAUUCCCGGAGCGGACAGCAGUAUCUGGUCUGGGCUGUUCAAGGAUAUUAUUGAGGCUCUCGUGGAGGCCCAGGAUGGCGAGGAAGUGCGGGCUGAAUUUGUCUCAAAGUUCAUGAAGGAAUAUGAAGACAUUCGCUACCAAACCUUCACGCAAAUAGCUGAGUAUGCCGCCACUCGACGAAAGACCGACAUCAUCGAGAUCCUCAUUUCCCUCCUCUCGGCCUGUGAUGAGGCCCCGGCCUCGGAUCACGAAAUCGACACCGAAAACUUCUUCGCAAAGCCCGACCCAUCCAACAAGCGCCUCCGUACUGUCCACGGCCACAAGAGGCGAGCACAAGACGCAUGGCUGGCCAUCCUUCGGAAUAACCUCUCCCAGGCGCAGCGGAAGGCCCUUCUACGGAUUAUGGUGCACACUAUCGAGCCCUGGUUCACACGACCUGAGCUCCUCAUGGAUUUCCUGACGGACUCAUACAAUGAGGGCGGUGCCAUUUCUCUCCUCGCUCUGUCCGGUCUUUUCUACCUUAUCCAGGAGAAGAAUCUGGACUACCCGCAAUUCUACGCAAAACUCUACUCUCUCCUUGACGCGGAUCUGCUGCACUCCAAGCACCGAUCACGCUUCUUCCGCCUGCUCAACACUUUCCUCGCCUCUACCCAUCUUCCCGCCACUCUCGUGGCAAGCUUCAUCAAGCGUCUUUCUCGUCUCGCACUCAAUGCGCCUCCCUCGGCUAUUGUCGUGAUCGUGCCAUUCAUGUACAACCUCUUCAAGAGCCACCCUACCUGCACAUUCGUGAUGCAUCGUGAGAUUCGCGAUAAGAAGUUUGCCGCUGAGAUUGAAGCCGAAGGCAUGGAGGACCCCUUCGAUCCGAAAGAGACAGACCCUACCCGUACCAAUGCCAUCGAAAGCAGUAUCUGGGAAAUUGAGACCCUUCAGUCCCAUUACCACCCCAACGUCGCCGCCAUUGCCCGAAUCAUCUCCGAGCAGUUCACUAAACAGGCUUACAACCUAGAGGACUUCCUUGACCACACCUAUCAGGGUAUGGUGCAGGGCGAGCUCGGCACUGGUGAGAAACCAUUGCGGAAGGUUCCAGUAGUCGAGUACCAAAUCCCGAAGCGUAUCUUCACCGACCGAUUGCUGGAGGAAGAUGGUGGUGUGGACUCUGGAGCUGGGUCAUUCAUGCGUGGACUCUGGGACUUUUCGUCUUGA